AUGGAGCUCUGUUCUAGCUAUUACCCGGAUACUCCAAUCAAGAUCGCCCUGCCCCGGCUCCGUCCUGAAUGGCGUCGUUCCCCUGUGCUCGGGCUCAAUGUUCUCCUUGGGCCAGAGUCUCUCGACAGUCUCGACGAGUUGGAGGAGGUCGUUCGGUUCUGUGGCUCCUUUUUGGCUGUUAGGGACAACACUAUCUACUUCGUUCACCAAUCUGCUAAAGACUUUUUGUUCAAAGAUGCAGACGGCCUUAUCUUCCCUCACGGCAGGGAAAGGAAACACUUCUCCAUCUUCGAAGCAUCAAUCACAGCCCUCUACCAACAACUCCAUAGGGAUACCUGCAAUCUGCGGGAGCCAGGUGUGUCUGUUAACGAGGUUCCAUCUGCUUCUCUCGAUCCUCUACUCCCAUUGAUAUACUCUUGUAUAUUUUGGGUUGACCAUCUUAUCGACGGAGGAUUGCAUGGCGACUAUAGAGAGUCUGUCCAGCGAUUCCUAGAGCAAAAGUACCUUUAUUGGUUGGAAGCUCUGAGCUUGAUCCGUACUACGAGUAGUGUUCCUGCAUUAGCAAAACUCUACCAAUAUACUAAGAACUGUAAUCAAACUGGGACUUUAGUAGGCCUUAUUAAGGAUGCCUUACGGUUUUCACAAUAUCACGGACCCAUUAUUGGCCAGUACCCUCUUCAGACCUACGUUACGGCGCUUGUCUUUAGCCCCUGCGAGAGUAUUAUUAGAAAGCUCUUCCAACGAGAAGAGCCGGAAUGGUUAGCACUAAGACCGCAAGCAGAAAGACAUUGGAGCGCGCUGCAGCAGACGCUCGAGGGCCACACUUCCAUGGUCAGCUCGGUCGCGUUCUCGCCGGACGGCCGGCAGGUGGCGUCGACGUCGGUCGACAAGACGGUGCGGAUCUGGGCCGCCGAUACGGGCGCGCUGCAGCAGACGCUCGAGGGCCACACUUCCGCGGUCCUUUCGGUCGCGUUCUCGCCGGACGGCCGGCAGGUGGCGUCGGCGUCGCUGGACAAGACGGUGCGGAUCUGGGCCGCCGACACGGGCGCGCUGCAGCAGACGCUGGAAAUCAGAACUGCCCCGCGACUUUUAGAGUUUACUCCUCUAGGCGACAAAAUUCUAACUGAUAUUGGAGCCUUUCGUCUCCAGACCAGCUCCUUCUCACAAACGGAAUCUCAACUUGGAGAUUACGCCACUUAUAUCACAGGAGACGCCAAAGACUCCUGUUUAAGCGCUCCUAGUUGUGUGGGCUUAGGCAUUGACCACAGCCGUUCAUGGAUUACGGUCUUCUAUAGUCCUUGGUUGUGA